GGGCUCCGCACACCUCCCAAGGGCAGGGCGCAGGGCUGCGCGUCCUGGCCGGAAGCCUGCCGUGACCUAGCGGAAGUGCUCGCGAGGCAGCUGGCCCGACACCGCGGGGCCCUGUGAGCAGGGCAGAGGUAGUGGCGCCGCCGGAGAGAGGGGAAAAACUAAGGCCGAAAGAAUUUAGGAUGCACUCCCGGGGGUUGUUUUGCCAAGACGCUCCUAUUGCAAAAGCUGCUGUUGCAAAGAAAUAAAAAUAUUUAUAAGAGAAUGGAUGGAGAAGAGAAAACAUACGGUGGGUGUGAGGGCCCAGAUGCUAUGUAUGUGAAGUUAAUAUCCUCUGAUGGCCAUGAGUUCAUUGUAAAAAGAGAGCAUGCAUUAACAUCAGGAACAAUAAAAGCUAUGUUGAGUGGACCAGGACAGUUUGCAGAAAAUGAAACAAACGAGGUGAAUUUUAGAGAGAUCCCAUCCCAUGUCCUAUCCAAAGUAUGCAUGUAUUUCACCUACAAGGUCCGCUAUACUAACAGCUCUACGGAGAUUCCUGAAUUCCCAAUUGCACCUGAAAUUGCACUGGAACUUCUGAUGGCUGCAAACUUCUUAGAUUGUUAAAUAAAAUAAAUUAUAAUAAAAAUGUAAACUUUUUUCAGUAUUUAAUACCUGUAGUUCAGUUAGUUACUUUUUUUCAGAUAGCAUGUUGCGUGUGUGCUGUUGAGAACUGUAAGGUUCACUGCAGAGGCAAUUGCCUUCAGUCCUUUUGCAUAUAGCAAUCAUUCAGUUGAAAUUUGUUUUGCUGCUUACACAAAUAAGGACCUUUUCACAAACUGAGACAAAUAAACAAAUAUGCCAAUUAGUAGAUGGCUAUGCCUUAUCCUUUAGCUGUGGUAGAACCUUCUUUUAAUACAAUGACCAUAUGAAAUACUGGAGUUUAGGCUAAUGCUCUCUAAAAGGUAAUUAUAGCUAAAUACAAGUAGCUGUUUAAGGUUUCUAACUUUCUUUUAUUGUUGCAGUUUCUAAACAUCUGAACUUAAUCUCCUUUAUAAGAUAGCUGUCCUUUAGCAUAGUUAAACCAACUAGAUUAAAACUGCCCUCUCUAGGGUGUUUGUAUACUGACAGCAAUAUUCCAUUUAGGUUGGAAGUGGAGCAUGUAGGAGAAUGCUCAAGGCUUUUAUUUAAAAUCAUAGCAUAGACCUGUGAAAAAGUGUACUUGAUACAUUUUUCUUUUGUAACCUAAAUUUUCCCCUUCAUCAAUUAAAAAUAUUCAAGUCGCUUGUCUGUAUAGUAAGUCUGUUACCCUACUGACAGUGGCUUUUAAGGGAAAAUAUAACUGUGUUACAAUCCUUGUGUAUAUUAUCUUCUGUAUAACAUAUAAGGUUAUUCUUAAUGUACUGUCACUUGACCUGAUACGGAUUUUAUAAAAGUCAGCUAUGUUUUUUUCCAUUGUUGUGAUUGGUUAUGUAAACUCUGUAUUUAGCCUUUAGAGUAGUAGUCAUUUAAAUUUUCUAACAUAGCCAUUGAAAGAUAGCUGUUAUCCUAUCCUUUACCUCUUCUGUAGCCCCUCUUACUUCCACAGGAAAAAACCCUGAAAUGCAGAGCCCUUUUGUAUUUGGAGGAAAGGGGCAUUAAGCAGAUGUUUAAGGAGCUUUUUUAUAAAUUUCUUAGAUAUUUCCAAUGUUUUUACAAAUAUUUUCGGGGGAAAGGAUUGGCAAGCCACUGACGUAAUACUUGAGUGGAAUGCGUUAUCUGUUGGUAGUUCCUGCUGGUAAUUGCCUAUACUAUCAAUUCCUUGUUCAAAACAGGUUUCCAUAAAACAAAAAAAAUGAACUGAGACAAACUGCUUUUUUUCAGCAAAAGCCUGAAGAACUCUUCUGCCAAAAUCAUCUGUAAAUGAGAAUGAUAAAUCUUAAUGUAUCAUGAAAAAUGAUGCAAGGACAAUGUAGUUAGCACUUCCAUCAGCUGUCACUACUUCAGAUCUGUUAUAUUAAGAAUGGGUUGUGUUCUCUUAUGAAAAUGCCACUAACAGGUGGUGGGACUACUUUAUUGAUGUAUUAACUAAAUAAUGGUGAACUUAGAGGGUGGUGAAAAUUUUUGUCUAAACCUGUUUGCCAGCAUAAAUACAAAAACCUAUGAAGAGAUUGUCUAGGCAAAAACUGGUAACUUACAUAGUCUAUGCAGUCUGCCCACAGAUGAGUUGAGUUCUGACAAAUAAACUUCUACUCUAGACUUGAGUAAUGCUUGAUAGACAUGCUGACAUUUGGUAGAUUAGCUGACAGUUAUUCACAUCACACACUUUGGCACAAUUUAUUGUGUUUAAUGUGGAGAUGUUUGUGACUAGAUUGGUUUUGCAUGUUAAAGCUGAAGUGCAUUGCAAGGCUAUUGGCAAAAGGCAAAAUUCUAUGUUUAAGCACUCUGGUUAGUGCUAUUAGUAACUAAUUUUCAAGAGCACUAAAAAGAUUUUAAAAAACGCAAAACAGAAAUACCCUGUUAUGCUGCUUUUACUCAAGCCACUAGACAUACCCUGAAAGUUAAAGUAAUAGCAACAUGAAUAUUUUAGUCCCAACUUCAUUUCAGACUAGGAGACUCUUAAGUUCUUUAGCCAUCUUUUAACAGGCUUCAGGUUAAUGACUUGAAGUCUAAAACUUUAGUUUGAAAUGGAAGUAAAAAGUUGAGCUUACCUUAACUUCAUUUAAAAAGGAGUGGGCUGGUUUUGUGGUGGUUUUCACUUUUUUUUUCUUUUUUCUUUUUUUUUUGGAAACAUUCCAAAAAUAUGUUUAAAAUACAUUGCAUUUUAUGAUUGCAUAUUUCAGCAGUAAGGUAAAAUAGCUGUUUUAUUUCUGGAUUAUAAUUUCAUGUUUUUCCUUCAGCUUAAUGUAUCGUACAGUAGCUUUGAACACUCAGGAAAUGCAGUAGUGGCCUAUAAUGCACUAUUUGCAAAACACUGGCUGUUAAGAAAACUAACCUGCAACUCUCUAAGGGGGAACUGGGCAGAGGGAAUUAGUGCAAUUUACUUGAUAGUGACAUGGGUGUGCUAUUAACAGACAAUUGGAAAUUUACCACACUUAACCCCUGAGUUCUAAAUAAAUUUCAAAAUUGAAAAUUUUUAAAA